AUGAUAAAGUAUUUGGUGGACAAUACGAUUUUGCCACCAGUAGCAUUCAUAAUCAACAACACACCAAGCUUCAUAUGGGCUAUUAUUGAGUUUUUUUUUGAUAUAUGCUUUUUCUGGGUUAAGCAUUUGUAUCACAUUUACAAUAGAAGAGAUCCUUUAAAGGAGUACAUAAAACAACUACAGAAUGCAUCAAACUACAACGAAUGGAAGCUGACGGCUUUUGAGAUUGAUAGACUUACAAACAUGGACUUGUGGAGACAAAAUUUUAUUAGCAAACAUUACGAUUAUGUAUUGAUUAACGAGAGGAUUAAUACUUUAGCCGAAGCUAGGGAAAACAAUGAUUCUCAGAAAAUCAUGUCUUUGCUAAGAUCAGGUCUUAUUAGGAAUUUUGGCGGUAUUGCUCAAAAGCGAUUGUAUUUAAAGUCGUACAUGGGUACCAAGUUCAAAAUUGAAGAGUACAUAAAUGAAAUUCUUCAUUGUUUGGAGUUCUUGAAUGAAAGUUUGAGCAGUUCAAAUGGGAACGAAUAUGUUAUGAAUAGUAAACAGUUGAAGCUAGACUUUUUCCAUGACACACGACAAAGUUUUGGAUCUACAGCUUUGUUAUUACAAGGUGGGUCUUUAUUUGGAUUGUGCCACUUGGGGGUGGUAAAGGCAUUGUAUUUUAAGAGGCUUUUGCCUAGGGUAAUUGGUGGCAGUGCAGUUGGUGCAGCAGUAGCAUCACUAGUGUGUACCUCCACUGAUGACGAAUUGAUACCUAUAUUAGUGAAUAUUGAGGAGAUGAUGAAGAAUAUCGAUAUUCUUAACCACGAAAUCGAUGAGAGGUUUGGAAAUGUCAUUGAAAAUGUAGUACGAAAAGGCUACAGUCAAGACAUUUUACUUUUCCUCAAGUUCGUCAGAGACACGAUUGGAGAUUUAACAUUUGAAGAGGCUUACAUCAAGACUGGAAAGAUUUUGAACAUUGUAAUUCACCCUACAAAUAGAAGUGUUCCUUCUUUACUCAACUACAUAACCGCCCCAAAUGUUAUAAUUUGGACUGCAAUUUAUGCAUCAAUCGGAACUGGUGUCUUGUCUGACGAUAUUGCUCUUUACGUCAAAGACUACAAUAACGAAAUAGUGUUGCAAACUCCAGAUUUGGAUGUCAAAUUCUUGAAGCCACAGGAAGUAACAUACCACACAUCCUACUUCAAGAACAAUGUAACGACGGACAUUUCUCAACAUCAUUCACCUUUCACAAAGUUAACAGAGUUGUUCAAUGUUAACCAUUUUGUCAUUAGCUUGGCGAAACCCUAUCUUGCACCCUUGAUCAGCAAUGAUUUGAAACAUUACCAUGCGUCGUAUGGUAAGGUCAGAUAUGAUAAAAGAACAAAGACAUACGACGGUAGUGAGAUGAGCAAAAGAGACAUUGAAAAGUUUGCCAAGGACAGUGGCUUCAAUUUGAAAAAGAAAUUAAAGACAAUCAUUGGUAUGGAAAUUUUGCAUCGCAUAAUCGUACUUAACAAAUUGGGUCUAUUGACUGAGGUCAUGAAACGUUUAUUUAUUGAUGAAAAACCAACUGCAAUGCAAUAUGCAGCAUCUAUUAGGGAAGUCACCAUCGUUCCUGAAAUGAGAUAUCUAGUGAAAGAUCUUGGUCGAGUGUUUGAUAUUCACCGGACAAAAGAGAAUAUACCGUAUUGGAUUUUAGUUGGUGAAAGAUCGGUGUGGCCCCUUUUCCCGAUGUUGUGGACUCGAUGUGCCAUUGAAUUUGCAUUGGAUGAUCUAUAUAAUUUGCAUAGGAAACGCAGCUAG